UACAUCUCCUUCUAAUUCAUUCUUACUUCACAAGCAUACACAUUUUGUUGUAUCUCAUUACAUUAACAAAAGUAUCUGGUUUUUUAUUCAUCAUAUCAAAACAUAUAUCUUCUUGUUUAUAUCAUAUAAAUCAUCUUUGACCGGUUGAUGGCCACCAGAGUUAUCCCACCAAGAAUCCUAAGGAAACUCCGUUACAACACUGCCACAAAACCGUUCCAACCUGCCCUCACCUCGCCCGCUGUCGCUCCUGCGUCUAAUAUUUUAGACCAAAAACUGCCAUCAUCGGUAACAACCAUCCUCCCUCCCGACGCCAAUCUCGACUUCCACGACGUCGAAAAACUCUUUUCGCACGUCCCAACCAAAAAACUUCUCAAAUCAACUGCUGUCCUCCAUGCUACCGCGGUCGAGCCAAUGGUUGACCUCGGUACAUGGUUGUUGAGGUCUGAUCUCAUGCAGACCAAUAAUCCAUUAAGUAACCUUGCUAUGGCUACCACACGUGCCACUUUUUUCGAUCAUUUUUGUGCCGGAGAAGAUGCUAUCACCGCUGGAAAAAGUAUUGCCGGGUUGAAUGAAGCAGGUUUACGUGGAAUGCUGGUUUAUGGCGUUGAAGAUGCUCAUGAUAAUGCUGGCUGUGAUCGCAAUCUCAAAGGUUUUCUUCACACCGUUGAUGUCAGCAGAUCGCUUCCUCCAUCUUCGGUAAGCUUUGUGAUUGUGAAGAUUACUGCAAUAUGUCCAAUGAGUUUGCUUGAAAGAAUGAGUGAUUUGCUGAGAUGGCAGAAGAAAGACCCUUCUUUUGUUUUACCAUGGAAGCAAGAUUCAUUGCCAAUUUUCUCAGAGUCAAGUCCUUUGUACCAUACAAGGAAGAGACCAGAGCCAUUAACAGCAGAAGAAGAGAGUGAUCUUGAUCUUGCUAACAAGAGAUUCCUUGAGCUUUGUCAGAAAUGUGUGCAAGCCAAUAUUCCAUUAUUGGUUGAUGCAGAACAUACUUCAGUUCAACCUGCUAUUGAUUACUUUACAUACUCUUCAGCAAUUUUGCAUAACAAAGGUGAAAACCCUACUGUGUUUGGAACCAUUCAAACUUAUUUGAAAGACGCUAAGGAGAGAAUGUUGUUGGCAUCAAAGGCUGCUGAGAAAAUGGGGAUACCAAUGGGAUUUAAGUUGGUUAGAGGUGCUUAUAUGUCUAGUGAAAGAAAAUUGGCUGCUGAUUUGGGAUAUGCUUCACCAAUUCAUAACACUAUUAAGGAUACACAUAAGUGUUUCAAUGAUUGUUCAGAUUACAUGCUUGAGAAGAUUGCUAAUGGUCCUGGUGGAGUUGUUCUUGCAACUCAUAACAUUGAAUCAGGAAAAUUGGCUGCUGCAAAAGCACAUGAAUUAGGGAUUGGAAAGGUGAACCAUAAGAUGGAAUUUGCACAACUAUAUGGAAUGUCUGAGGCACUAUCCUUUGCUUUGAGCAAUGCAGGGUUUCAAGUUAGCAAGUACAUGCCAUUUGGACCUGUUGAGACUGUUAUGCCAUACCUCUUGAGAAGGGCUGAGGAGAAUAGAGGAGUGUUGGCUGCAUCAGGAUUUGACAGGCAACUCAUGAGGAAGGAGUUGGUCAGGAGAGUAAAAGCAACUGUGCUUUGAAUUUGUUGGAUGAGUUGAUGGGAUGUAAUAAUGUAGGCAACAGGAUUCACCAUUCUUUGUACAAAUUAGAGAGAAUCCUGUAAUUUGCUUAAGUUUUGUGCAUUCAAGUUAAUGAAAUGUGCAUUUGUCUUGAUGUGUAUUGAUCCACAUUUCCACUUGUUUGUACAUUAAUGCCAUUGAAUUUUUUAAGAAAUUGUUAUUCAUAAAGUGUCUUUUGUGUUUGA